AUGGCUAUGGCGAAGGAGUGGCAAACGCCGGCGCUCGAGGGUGGAAUCGCUCGUUCAAUUACCGCCGCCUCGAUGAAUCAAUUUCGCGCUCGACCCCGGCUGUGUGCGCUCGUCGCGGGCAGGAUUCUUGGUAUGGGCUCGACGGAACGGGUCCAGGCAAGUUCGCAGGGCUCAGGCACGGUACGGCGGGCUUCGUAUAUGGAUUUUGCACGCAGAACAACAACCAACUCCUCCAACGCCCGCGUCGAUGCCCAACGCGCGAGGCUCGUUCGCAGCAAGCAAGCAGCAGCAGAGCAGAAAGGAGGACAGACCAACUGGCGGGACGAGGAGCAGGACUCUGCGCUGCACUCCUCGACUACGGCCGGCUAG